GCGAUUUCUCCAAAAUCUAAGCUUCACUCAAUCUUUUUUAUAUACUAAAUGGGUAAUUGAUCAUAAAAAUCCAAACGGUUCUUAGAACGAUGAGCAGCAUUCCUUCCCACAUAGCCAGUCCAUCUCAACUCCAACAACCUCCAUCUUCUUCAAUCCCACUUUCAAAUCCAACAAAAGUCAACUUCCCACGCUCUCCCAAGUCCCCUCAUUGCAAUAUCUUCUCCAAAUUCACCGCCAAUUCUGUUCACCCCAUUGUUCAAUGGACCUCUUCUAUUGCUCGCUACUGCGGCAACGGCCAAUUACCCGAAGCCGCUGCAGAGUUUACCCGCAUGCGACUCGCCGGAGUUGAGCCCAACCACAUCACAUUCAUUACGCUUCUCUCCGGCUGUGCUGAUUUUCCGUCGGAAAGCUUCUUCGCCUCCUCACUUCAUGGCUACGCUUGUAAAUUUGGUUUGGAUACGGGGCAUGUAAUGGUGGGGACUGCUCUCAUUGAUAUGUAUUCCAAAUGUUCUCAAUUGGGUCUUGCUAAGAAGGUUUUUGAUUACCUGGGUGUGAAAAACUCUGUUUCUUGGAACACUAUGCUCAAUGGUUUUAUGAGGAAUGGAGAGAUUGAGUUGGCCAUUCAACUGUUCGAUGAAAUGCCUACAAGAGAUGCGAUUUCUUGGACGGCUUUAAUUAACGGUCUUUUGAAACAUGGUUAUUCGGAACAAGCAUUGGAGUGCUUCCAUCAGAUGCAACGCUCGGGUGUCGUUGCUGAUUAUGUGUCUAUAAUUGCUGUUCUUGCUGCUUGUGCUGAUUUGGGUGCUCUUACUUCGGGGUUGUGGGUUAAUAGGUUUGUUAUGCAGCAGGAGUUUAAGGAUAAUGUUAGGAUAAGUAAUUCCUUGAUAGAUAUGUAUUCUAGAUGUGGAUGUAUUGAGUUUGCCCGCCAAGUGUUUGUGAAAAUGGCCAAACGAACUUUGGUAUCUUGGAACUCUAUCAUUGUGGGGUUUGCAUUUAAUGGAUUUGCAGAUGAAUCUUUGGAGUUUUUUUAUGCGAUGCAGAAAGAAGGAUUUAAGCCAGAUGGAGUAAGCUACACGGGGGCUCUUACCGCGUGUAGCCACGCAGGCUUAGUUAAUAAGGGUCUGGAAUUGUUUGAUAACAUGAAGAGGGUACACAAAAUUACUCCCGGGAUUGAGCAUUAUGGAUGUAUUGUCGAUCUCUAUGGUCGUGCUGGAAGGUUAGAGGAUGCAUCGAAUGUGAUUGAAGAAAUGCCGAUGAAACCGAAUGAAGUUGUGUUGGGGUCAUUGCUUGCCGCCUGCAGGACUCAUGGUGAUGUGAGACUAGCCGAAAGGUUAAUGAAACAUAUCUUUAAGUUAGAUUCAGUAGGCGAUUCGAAUUAUGUGCUCCUUUCAAACAUAUAUGCAGCAAUUGGGAAGUGGGAAGGUGCUAACAAGGUCAGGAGAACGAUGAAAGCCCGAGGUGUGCAGAAAAAACGGGGUUAUAGUUCUGUUGAAAUUGAUGGUAAAGUUCAUGAAUUUGUUGCAGGUGACAAAUACCAUGCUGAUGCAGACAAUAUUUACUCAAUGUUAGAUUUGUUGUUUCAUGAACUGAAGGUGUGUGGAUAUGUUCCUGAUACUGAUAUCAUUCUGAAUACCAAAGAUUCUAAUAAAGACCAUUGAAGCUUAUUUUUUGGGUUA